UAACGAGCAUGAUGCAGCCCUGCCUGCUACCAUUUCUGGGUUAGACAAUGCGUCAACAUUUGCAACUCACCAUGGCUCCACAGGGAGGGGAACUUCCACAGAUUACAACAAAGGAAAUCUGCCCCAACCGGGUACCACUGCUGGCCUAACCACUAUACCAACACCUGCAACUCCUCUGGGACCCACAGGACCUGGAUACUGGGCAGUCAGUGAUCCCAGACUGCAAUCCUUUACCUUGAAUUUCACCAUCAUCAAUCUACCCUACACUGCAGAUAUGGGAUACCCAGGUUCUACCACAUUUAAUAACACAGAAGGGGACCUCCAGCGACUGCUGGGCCCCUUGUUCAGGAAUAGCAGCAUUGGCUUAUGCUACACUGGAUGCAGACUGAUCUCUCUGAGACCUGAGAGGGAUGGAUUGGCAAGUAGAGUAGAUACUAUAUGUGUCUGGCAGAAAGGCUCCACCAACCCAAUCUUCGAUAGAGAGAGGAUUUACAUGGAAUUGAGCAACCAGACUCAUGGCCUCACUAAGCUGGGACCUUAUACAUUGGACAAAGACAGCCUCUGCCUCAACGGCUAUUCAUCUCAGAGUACCCCUGGAGAAGGGGAAUACCAACUUGCCUUUAGAAUUGUCAGUCACAACCUUAGCAACCCUGACCCUACGUCCCCAGAGUACCAAGUGCUGCAGAGAGAUAUCCAGGACAAGAUGACACAGCUGUACGCAGGCAGCCAGCUCCAAGACAGAUUCCGCUACUGCCUCAUCACAGGCCUCAGGAUGGGCUCUGUGUACGUCACCUGCAACUGCAGCUUUUCCUCCAACUUGGAUCCUGACACCAUCGGACGAGUGUUUCUGGACAGGACCCAGGAUGCCACAGAACACUGGCUUGGAGACUCCUACAAGCUGGAUAACCUCCAACCCCUUACUGUCGAUGAACUGAAAGCUCCUGAAGCUGCUGCUGCUGCUGCUAAUGCAGCCCCCUCCAAGGCCUACUGCUGGUGUUACCUUGGUGUGUACUGGGGCUGA